AUGAAGUUGUCUGCUCUCACACUCCUUGCCAUCACCACCGGCAUUCUUGCUGCCCCUGUGGCUGAUCCGGUUGCUGUUGCCAGCUACGGCUACGAAGCUCCCAAGAGCAGCUAUGGCAACAAGGAGGUGCACUACGGCAACAAGGACGAGAAGAAGUACGCCCAUGUGAAGAAGCCCGAGCACCACAACUACAAAGCUCCUGAGAAGAAGCCUGAGUACAAGGCUCCCGUUAAGAAGCCUUCGUAUAAGGCUCCUGAGAAGAAGCCCGUCUACAAGGCCCCCGCCAAGAAGCCUGCUUACAAGGCUCCUGAGAAGAAGCCUGAGUACAAGGCUCCCGUUAAGAAGCCCGCCUACAAGGCCCCCGAGAAGAAGCCUGAGUACAAGGCUCCCGCCAAGAAGCCUGCUUACAAGGCUCCUGAGAAGAAGCCUGAGUAUAAGGCUCCCGUUAAGAAGCCCGCCUACAAGGCCCCCGAGAAGAAGCCCGUCUACAAGGCCCCUGCCAAGAAGCCUGCGCACAACACCUACAAGGCCCCCGAGAAGAAGCCCGAGCACAACACCUACAAGGCCCCUGCCAAGAAGCCUGCGCACAACACCUACAAGGCCCCUGCCAAGAAGCCCGCCUACAAGGCUCCUGCCAAGAAGCCUGAGCACAACACUUACAAGGCUCCUGAGAAGAAGCCUGAGCACACCAGCUACGGCUACUAG